AGAUGCUCUGAUGGAGGCGGCGUACCCUGAGGUCCAGGCCUUUUGCCAGAAACACGGCUUGAUGUUUGAGGUCAUUGAUUUGAGAUGGGGCGUCCGUGACUUCACGGGCGCUGGCCAAGAGCACCUCUUUCUGGAAGAGAUUCGGCGCUGCCAGGAACUCUCAGUGGGGCCCAGUUUCGUGGCUCUCCUCGGGACGCAUGGCCCCUGCCCGGCCCGCGCACCAUCGGGGAGGAGGAAUUCGAGGCCCUGGCUGCCAGUUGCGCAGGAGGAGCCGCAGGCUUUGCAGAUGCUGACCCAGCGGUACCUGAAGGACGAGAACGCCGCCCCUCCGGUGUACGCCCUCCAACCGUCCCCUGCCCCACGGCGCAGAGCGGAAGUUGGCUCGCCCCCUUUUCCAGAUACGCACCGGGAAAUCGAGUCACGCCUCUUGGGCUCGGCGCCAGAGGACGAAGGGGCCGCGUGGUCUUCCUCCGAGAAACCGAGACGUCCCCGGAGGAGGAGGGUGGCGAAGAAGAGGGCGAGGAUGCCCACAGAUGCUGGAGGAGCUGAAGGCCGCCGUUGCCAGCGCCUGCCCGGUUUGAUCAGGGUCCACCGGGCGCCCCGAAACGCGGCCCCCGGCGCCCUCCGUCCGAAGCCGCAGCCCAAACACCUCAAGGAGCUGUGCGACCAGUUUGUGGCCGUGCCAACUACCAAGUGCUCCGGGGACUGCGGGCACGGGAAGGGUGCCCCGCGGCAGGCAGCUGCUGCAGGAAAUCAGCCACCACGCCGCCCUGGCCCGGGAGCGGGGCCGCAGACCGUGUUGGCGACCAGAGCUGGUGGACUCCCUCUGCCAAGCCUAAGGGACAGUCUGCAGGGUGCCACCCUCCCCUCGUGGUCCAGGGUCCGCCGGGCUGUGGCAAGACCGUCCUGCUGUGCCAUGUGGGGGGCGGCUUGCCAGGCCUGGGACCGAGGCAGUGGUGGUUUUCCGGCUGCUGGGGGCAUCGCAGGCCAGCUGGGCGUGACACCCUCCUCGCCAGCCUCUGCCAGCAGGUUUGCCUGGCGGGGCUGUCCGCCGGGCACCGGUGACCCUCUCCUGCGCUUCCACCACGCACUGCUCUCGGCGUCCCGCCAGGCCUCUCAGCCUCUGGUCUUGAUCCUCGACGCCACGGAGAGUCUGGGUACGACUGGUUGCCGGCGGUCUGCCCUCCUGGGUGCAGCUGGUCAUCUCUGCCGGGCGAGGGUGGCAGCGGCGGAGGCGAUUUCGGCGCGGACCCCUUCGUGGUGGCCCUCUCUCCGCCGAGGAGGCUGGCAAGGCUCUGGCCAAGGGCUUGGCAUCGCAGGGCGUGCUCCAGGAUCAGCAGGCCCUUUUCCGGCAAAGUUUUUCGGCGGGCAGGCUGCCCUGGCCCUCGCCCUCGCCGAGUGUUGUCGGUGGGCAUCGUACGCCCCGCUUUCAUCCCUGGCGGUCCCGCUCACGGCCCCGGAGGCUGCGCACCGCCUUUGUGGGCGCAUGGAGGAAGCGCACGGCUCCGUGUUGGUGGCGAACGCCCUCGGCUACCUCGCUUGCGCCCGGAACGGCCUCUCCGAAGCAGAGAUGAAGGAUGUCCUGUCCCUCGACAAUGAGGUCCUCUCAGAGGUGUACCGGUCCAACCCUCCGCCGGGCAAAGGGGUCCUCCGCCUGCCACCCUUGCUGUGGUCCCACCUGCGCCGGGAUUUGAACCCGGAGCUGGAGGAGAAGUGGUCCGACGGCUUCGUGCUGAUGGGCUUCCUCCACAGGGAGUUUUUGGCCGUGGUGGAGGAGCGCUACCUGCCGGCGGAGGACCGUGUCCGGCGCCACCUGCUUCUGGCCGAUUUCUUUCCGGGGGACCUGGAGUUGGGGGGCGAAGAAGCCCGUCGUGUUGCCCUCAUCGCCAAGCCCGUGAGCAUUGACAGGAAGGUGACGCCGCAGCCAUUGUGGUUCUCCAGCCGCCUUCCCAACCGGAGGAAGCUGAGCGAACUGCCGUUCCACCUGCUCCACGGGGGACGGAUGGAGGAGCUGCGCCGAGAUGUUCUGGGGAACAUGGCCUGGAUCUCCUGCAGGGUGGCUUCCUCGGGUGUGCAGAGCCUGGCUGCGGACUUUGCCCUGUGCCUGACCCACAUAUUCUGCCCCGAGCUGCGUCUGGUCCGGGAUUGCCUCCUCCUCCUCGCGGAUCCGGGUGCGGACGGUGCCGAGGGCCGUUUAGAGCCAAACGUGGUCUACACAGAGAUGCUGGCGCGGUUGGAGUCGCUGGCGCCCUCGUACCCGGGCGGCCUGAUUUCGGGUCUGUGCCAGCAGUGCCGGAGCUGGCUCGGAUCGCGGCCCCAUCCGUCCCUCGUCCCUCUCGCCGGCUUCCUUUACCCACCGGACGGGCCUCUGCGGAAGACGCUGCCAGGAUUCCCCCAAGGCACCUCCGUCCUGGAAGCCAGCCCGACCAGAGGAUGCUGUUGGCCGGCGCCCUGGACGGCUCCAUCAUCGUGGGACACGGAAGAUUUCUCGGUGCGCCACGUCCUCCUCGGCCACUCGGCCGAAGUGCGGUGCCUGAGGGUCUUCGCCAAGGGUACCCGCGCCGUUUCAGUCGCCCAGGAUCGAACCCUGCGCCUCUGGAGCCUGGAGUCCGGCAGGGAGGAAGCCGUUGCGCCCGCCGUCCCUGCAGGGGAUCAGGAGUGGUGCCAGCUCAGCGUGGACGACAAACACCAAAUUGUGUACUGGAUGUCUGGCUCAGAGGUGGAGGCCUGGCACCUGCGCACUGCGGCCCCGCUUUCCGGAUCCCGGCCGAGCCCCCGGGAAGCUGGCUGUGCGCUGCCGUCUUCGGGCUGUGUCUGCCUGUGGGACAGUCUCAGCGGGCAGCUCCUCUCCAGGCAGCACCUGGGGGGUCUGCGAGAGGAGAGAGCCCCCACCUGCGGCGCUUUGCUCCGGAAAAUGGGCAGGAUGGUGUCCGGAUUCAGCGGGGGCUCCCUCCUGAUGGUCUCCUCGGAGGGAAGCAGCCUCUUGGAGAAGCUCCCAGAGAAGAUCCGCUUCGUGGCGCUUUCGGAAGACGAGUCUCUUCUCGCGGCAGACCCGACAGGCUUCCACCAAGUCCUGAACUCCGAUUUGCUGCAUGAUGAGGAAGUCUGUGCAGCUGCCAUCGCUGCCGACAACACCGCCGUGUUCACGAGCUCUCGGAGCGAGUGCAUCUGGUGCCUUACCUCGGGUCUGGGACCCGGCGACGACCCGCACGCAAACCGUUGCGCCUUGCAUGGCCGGCGCGAAGUGCGUGGGGCUCUCCCGCUGCGGGGAAUAUGUCUGUUUCCCCGGUCCCUCGAGAGCUGCGAACUGGUCCUUUGGGACGUGGAGGAAGGAGAGGAGCGCGAGACGUUGGAUACCUCGGCCGCCGUGCGGUGCCUGGAAGUGGCCCCCCAGAGGAACCUCAUCUUUGUUGGGCUGGCGUCUGGGACGGUGCUGGUCUUCCCCUUGGACUCACCGCAGGACGUCGGGUGCAUCCCUCCGGCGGAGAACCGGACCGUCUGUGCCCUGGCGUUGGCACGGAGCGAGGAGCAGGUGGCCGUGGCUUGCGAGGACCUGCUGCAGGUGCUGGACGUGGGCCGGGGGGACCUGGGGCCCCUGAUCGACCGGCCGGCCUUCUCCUUCUACACCCAGAUCCCAGGCGCCGACAUCUCCUGCGUGGCCCUGCUGCGGCGGUACCGGGUGCUCUAUGGCAUGACCGACGGGCAGUUCCUCUACCACUGCCCCGGGGCCAGGUGUUCGCCUGAAGCGCAUGGAAGCAGUGGCAUCACCUGCCUGCAGACCAGCCACGGGGAGGCCUGGGCGCUCAGUGGGUCGGCCGACUCUCUGCAGUGCCUCUGGGACGUGGAUCGGUGCCGCUGGGAGCAUCGGAUGACUUUCCGAAAGGUGGGCCUCCCUCCUGAUCCCACCCUGCUCCGAAGUUCCUUCUCGCAAGGUGUGCUCUGCGCUUGCUUCUCAACGGAUGACCAGCUGUUCUUCACGGCCUCCCUGGAUCAGUGCGUGACGGUGUGGGAGUCUUGUGCGGUGAGCGAGCCCGCCUGCCAUUUGAACUGCUUGCAACGGGGCCUGCUGGCCGUCCAGCUUGUGCACGCGAGGGUGACCAGGAUCGUGCCGACCCCGGACGGCUUCGUGGCGGCGACAAGACUCGGCUACCUCAUCCGGGAGAGGUUCCUGCGCCCGACGUCCACCGGCUCUCGCUACGACCCGCUGGCGGCAUCAGAGCCACGUGCAGAGUGA